UCCCUUUUGGCAUGCAGAAAUUAUGUCGAAGACCAUCCGAUGCAUUGUGCCAAAGGGAAGCCUUUAUUUGCAAUAUACUUAAUUAUUGAAACCAUGAAGAGAUCAUAUAGAUGUCUUGUCCUUCUGUUUGUAAUGUAAAGCUCAUAUAGUUUCCAUAGUAUUUUCUUUGCACGGUUUAGUACUCUUCCUCUUUGAAUCCGUCAAUAUCUAGCGUUAGGAUACUGUCUUAGAAUGUGUGGCCUUCUUCUUCCAGGGGAAUACCUGGCUCUCACGGGGGAUAAGCUUAAUGGUGUGGAAAUGGUUGCCUGCCGCUUGGCUACUCACUAUUCACUAAAUGCGAGAUUGGCUUUGAUCGAAGAGCGUCUUGGUAGACUGACUACUGAUGAUCCGUAUGUUAUAGAGACAUCCCUUUCACAAUAUGGUGAUCUUGUUUAUCCCGACAGGAGGAGUAUCAUUCAUAAGAUUGAAGUGAUCGAUAAAUGCUUUAGCCAUGACAUGGUCGAGGAAAUUAUUCAUGCACUGGAAAUUGAAGCAGCUGACUCUUAUGAUGAAUGGUGUGCAAUGACCCUCAAGAAACUAAGGGAAGCUUCUCCAUUGAGCUUAAAAGUCACCUUAAGAUCUAUUCGUGAAGGCAGAUUCCAGACUCUUGAUCAAUGUUUAACUCAGGAAUACCGAAUAUCCCUUCGUGGAAUCUCUGGAGAAGUUUCCAAAGACUUUUGUGAGGGUGUUCGGGCAUGGUUAGUGGAUAAGGACUUCGCUCCAAACUGGGAUCCUCCAAGUUUGGAAGAAGUAACCAAGCAGAUGGUCGACUUUUGUGUCUCUCCACUUGUAUCUGAGCCUGAGCUAGAACUACCCACUGCCUCGUGAGAACCCUCUGUAUGACAGAUAUAU